AUGCAGUAUUCUUAUUUAAUUACACUGUUUGCGACGACGGUUCUGGCAGGACCAAUUGGACUACGCUCUCCAAAUCCACAAUCUAAUAACUCACCCUCAUCAACCGACCCCUUCCUCAACGCUCUCUCCAACGGCCCAAUUUCAGACGAACCACCCACCGUCUCCCCAAAAGACCAAUGCCAUUUCUCCCUCCCAGGUCACCACCCAGCUCUCUCCACACCCCCAAUCGACCCCCAAGCCGUCAUCCUCAACGGUCCCAUCUCCGACAAACCAACCUCCUCAGCCAGCAUCCCUAACACCGCAUGGCCACACAUCUCCUCCAUCCUCGAAAAGAUCACAACCGACAAGCAAAACACAAUGCAAACCUGGGAUCUGGGACGCGCCUUCAGUGAUAACACCUUAGAGGGCAUUAUGGUCGGGAUCGUCUAUUCGGCUACGGAUGUUCCUGCUGCUGCUGGGAGCGCCCCGGGUGCAAGGAUUAAGAUCAAGUCGAGGGACGAGAGGAGUGCGGUGGUUAAGGAGGAGGGCAAGGGGGACGUAGAUAUGAGUGAGCUGGAGUCGGGGAAGAAGUGGAGGAGAGAGUGUGUGGAGGGUGCUGUUAAGGAGGUUGAGGGGAGACAGCAGAUGGAGGGGGUUAUGGAUUUAGCUGAGGAUGUGACGGGGAGUGGUGGGCGGAUUAGCUUUUUGGUUUAUCGCGUUGAUUGA